CAUUAACGCAUCCAGAUGCCUGCGACAUGGCACUGUCUUGGGCCCCGACAGCCCAUUGACACGCGGCGCCUGCCAGACUUAUAUCACUCCCCGGUGACCCCUUCUCGUCCUCUUCAGUUCGUCCUUGGUUAUGCCCCUCGUGGCUGUUCCUGGGCGCCGUCACGAGCCGCGAGCAGCUGUAGUGCCCGAGACGCCGCUAUAAAAGAUGUAAGUCCGAUCUCGAGGAUGGAGCCACGCCCUUCUUCGCCGUCAGUUAUCGAGUUGGUCCUCGAUGUGAAGCUCGAGUACGAGGUAACAUUUGCUACCCGACGCCUGACGCCUCACCGCCCGAUAGCCCCUUCGCUGCCCAGCCAGGUGCCACAACUCCAGGAACCGAAGAUACGUCCAGUUGCUACAGUCCAUCCUGCAAUAUUUAACAGAAAACGUGACUCGUCCGAAGAAAACGAACCUCGAAAGGGGGACUUCGAAAUUCCCGAGAAAGAUACUCCUCCCGAGCAAGAAUUAGAGUCAGACGAUUUUCCUUCCAAAGAGGGGAACCCAACCGACCCACAGGUCGUCCAGGAAAAGACCUUUAAUAACCAUUCUACCGUAUCUUCAGCUGAUACUCGUGACAAAGAAGAAAAUAAGCCACAGUCAGAGUGCCCUAACGAGCCAUUCGAUCGCUCCUGCUUUUUCUCAACCCGAUACAGGAGUUACAGACUCAGACGCCAGGAAGCCCCUGAUCCUUGCAAGAAACAUCGAGACAUCGUUUUGAACGCCGCAUACCGUCUUCGAAAAGCACUCAAGAUGGAAUGCCAAGAUGGACACGGAUGCGCCUCAGAGGGCCAGCAGAUCGAAGAGAAGCGUGAGGAAAUCCAGCGAGAGGGAGAGAGAGACAUCACCAUUACUGAGUGUCUCGAAGAGUUCCUUGCCGAGCUUCACCUAAGCCACCUGGCCGACUACCUGCGAGUGCUGGGCUGCACCUGCGUGAGAGACCUGCGCCUCCUAGAGACCUCCGAGCUCGAAGCCAUCCAGCUGGUGUCCCGUCGACGCCUCCUUCAGCAGCUCGAUUCCCUGAAGCUCCACCACGAAGACAAUUCCUUUUGUGAUUCGUGUCUCCCUGCAUCCGUGAUUUCUCAGGCCUUCUCUUAUUCCUCCUUUCCUCCGCUUUCUUCCUCUAAUCUCACUCCCCCUCCGUCUCCGCCUCCGUCAGCGCCUCCCGAGGACUGCUCUCUGGAAGGGUGGCUGACGUGGUACGGCCUCACACACAUCUCGGGUUUCCUGAAGGCCAUCGGGGUGCAUACUGUGGGUGACCUGGCCUACGUGAGGGAGGAGGACCUGGUUCUCCUGAAGCCCGUGACUCGCAGAAGGAUCCUCGCCUGUAACAAAAGGUGGAACAGGAAGUCCACGUCAUACUGCAUUGGUAUCACACACAAUGAUUAUCUAAUGUAAAGGAUGCACUAGGUCAGCAGUCAGCGGCGUCGGAUGAGGCUACAGUUGCUUCUUCACAAUAGUAUCGAAUCUAAUAAAACGUGUUUAACA